AUGAUGCAAACCCUGAUUGUCAUUUUUCAAAAUCACACUGAAGAAGGUGAAAUCCGAUUAUCCAGCAAGUCGUGUCACGCCAUAUGUCGAUUCUUCAAAGUUGGUGAAUUACUACGGUCCAUGUGCGAAACUUAUGAAGUAUCUGCAUUUUGGAAGAGUUUGAUCCAAGGAUUGGUCAAGUGUACCCUGAAGAACGAAGUUGUGGCCGAGGAGCUUGUCGUAAAACUUGCCCAAAUUUAUGAUCUUCCAACUGGACUAGUUGAAACCUUUAUCACGGAAUCGCUCUCCGUUUUACUCCCGAUGGAAGUGCCUCACCGAGCUGCACUGCGCCCUCUUGGAAUUCUUUUUCAACGCCACCCUGACCUGGUCGAGCAAAUCGCGCAAAGUCUUCUCUCUACGAGCGAAGGAAAUGCCAAGGAGUCAAUCCCAAGAAUUCUCCGCCUACUCUCGGGCGAUGUCCCACUCACGACCGACCAGUGUGAUCCCUCAGUUGUCGGCCUCAGUAGCUCGAGUGCCAUAGUGAGGCAGGAUUCACUCAAGGCAAUCAUGGAGCAGAUGAACGCCAAUGCUUUGGAUGGCUCUGGGAGCCCUUCGGAUCUUUUAAACUCCGCCCUCAAGACCAUCCUCAAGGAUCCUGAACCGACCACGUCAGAGCUCCUGCUCUCGUUCCCACAAGCUUUGCUCAAGGCUGUCAAAGUUGAUGAUAUAAUGAGCGCUGCGACCUCAAUCCUCUGUUGUCACCAAACACCCAGAUCCACCUUGAAACAUUGGCUCUCAUUUCUCAUGGGUCCUUUUCUACAUCAGUAUCCCGACAUGGCUAUCCGUGUCUCUGAGGAAAUAAUUCUCGCGCGGCUAUUUUGGACCAAAAGUACGGCCAAGUCAACCUCAGUGUUUUGGACGCAUGUCCACGACAAAAACAUAUGGAACGGAACGAUCCUUGAAGGAGUUUGGCCCGCACCAGUACCCGGAGAUAGCGUUGAAUCCAGGAUCACGGCUAAUGAAAGCUUACUGGAUGGUGUCGGUCAAAAUAUUUUGAAACGGGGUGACUCCGCUGUCAUCGGCCUGCUUCAAAAGUUAAGGAAAGAUAACAAACUCGAGUCACCAACGGCUAGACUAGUACCUUUGCUUUGUUUGUGGAGCAUUACAUCUGGCUUAUCUGGGGGCGUAGCUGGAGCUUUGAUGAGCGCCCUAAUCGAUUAUAUGACUGUCCAGACCGAUUCGGGCGGCUUUAACCGAUGGGUGAAUAUGGACAUAGGAGAUGCCGGAACUGAUCGUUCAAUCUUGGAAAUGUUUUACUCCAAAACAAGCUCCGAAAAACUUUUCAGUCGACUCACUGCCUCAAUUCUGACGAAGGCUGCUACUCAAGCUGAUAAACUCAAACGCCCUGAAUACUGUUGGUUAGAGCCGGGUAUCUUGAAAGCUAUGGACCCUAUUUCAUCGACUUCAAUCGUUUCGCAACCCUCAGACAUCGCGAGUUUUUGCUUCAAGCUUUACUUAUUCAGCCAUUCAGCUUCGCAUACCACUCAACAGUCACUGGCAAGAAUGAUCUCGGGAACACUACGGCAUAACAUCUUGAAGCAAGAAUGGCUUACAUUCCUUGCCAGAGUCUGGACUUCAUCUCUCUUCAACCAAUCAUUUCGUGUCGUGGCUCUCCUCGAUGCCGAAGCAGAGAUCAAAGCUUUAACAGCCUGUAGCCAAAACUCUGACAAAGUGACACUGCUGGAUUACCAGAUCCUCAUACCCAGUGUAAUGAUUGCGCUAAUCGAUCCCUGUAAACCUGUCCGCUCAGCUGCCCUCUCACUGACUGCUGCCCUCAAUACCUAUUUGAGCUCAGUCGACUUAGCGAAGAAGACUUCGGGCUUACAACCCGAACAAUCUAUUUAUGCUUAUGAUCGGUUUUACGGAAGUCGGGCUAGCGCCGACCUUCAAUAUCUUUCUAUUCCUGACUCCACUCGGCUGAUCGCUCUGCUCCACCAGUCGAAAACUGAGAUUUCCUUUGAUGGUUUAAGUCGAAUCAGGUCUAUCUUGAAAAACUUGGAGGAUUCGCCUACCGGGGCGUCCAAUCGUAAGCGACAAGCCGAAGGCUUGAGGCACAGAAUCCUGUGCUUCUUCAUGAAGGUGAUCGAUUGUUGGAACGAUUUCGAGGGACGUGUCAAACUACUAAAAUGUAUCAGUUACGUGAACGACCCAGUUCGAAUCAAAUCGGUUGCUCCUCUGAUUGAUGAGAUGUCCUCUGGGGCAGCAAAUUCCAUCACGGAUAACAACCUUCCCAAGGAAGCUUUGGCGGAGUAUGCGGCACUUUUGUUCCAAACUUAUGACUAUCCAGGCAAAGUCUUUGCAACAGGGAAAGAUUCUACUGCUUUGGAUACGCUUGUUAGUGCCCUAUGCUGCUCUCCCGCAAACGAUGCUCAACUCGCCAUUCGCGAGGCUGCUAAGAACAAGCUACAAAGCGGCUUGAUUGCCACCUUAUCAUCUUCCCAGAAGCAAAGCAUUUUGCGCAGGAUUUUGGUACUGGCUUCCUCUUCCCGAGACGAUGUCAGCUUUUACGUAAAUACUCUUCGCUGUUUACCGUUGGACAGUGAGUCUGUUAUCGCAACCUUAUCGGUAAUCUCCCGAGAGAUUUCUUCAAACAAUGUCCGAUCAAAUAAGAGGACAAAAACUGGUAAAGGGUCCGUUGGUCAAGCUACCGGUGGCGCGCCUGACCUCUCAGAAUUGGUCACAUUACUGGAAACUAUCUCAGUGGAAAAGCUCAAGCACACUUUUCAAUUGUUUGCGGCAUUCUUGGAUACCUUAGCGAUCCUAUUGGCUACGCAUACUACCCAUGAAGUAGACAUUCACUUCUCUGCACAGCUGCUUAUUUCUUACUUGGCGAUUGUCGCCCCCGACUUAGAUGAGGCCGAAUUCAAAUCCGAUGGCUUGCCACUAUCUUCCAUUGUGGACUACAUGAGAAUUUCGUUGGAUCCACACAUCUCCCACAAAAUCAUCCUGUUGUUGGCCGAUUUGGCCCGUCUAUGCCCUGAGCUCACUUGCCAAAGUAUGAUGCCAAUAUUUACAUUUGUGGGAGCUCAUGUCAUUCAGCGCGACGAUGCAUUCAGUGCUCGAGUCGUUGACAAAGCCAUUCAAGCUUUAAGUCCCCCCAUGGUAAAAGCCUCCAGUGCCUCAGGAAGCUCGCGGAUCGAGUUGAUUUUGAGCCUCCGUGAAUUGCUCCUCAUGUUUGUUGGGGCAAGGAACCAUAUCCCCAAGCACAGACGGACAAGGCUUUUUGUGCGAUUAAUCGAAGUCCUAGGCGAAUAUCAAUUCUUGGGGGCUCUAUUGAUCCUAAUGAUUGAUGCUAACAUCGACGAGGACAAUGCUACGUCAAGCUUCGAGCUACCACUGGCUAUCUGGUCUUCUUUCCCAGGGCCUCUGGGAGUUGCAGCAAUUGCACACAUCGUGGCCGAAGUUGAAACUUUGCUUGGACUCAGCGCCUCGGGAGAGCCUGGUGUAUUACCAGCCAAAACCCAACAAACUGAAGUAGACGGUGACGGCGAUCAGAUCAUUGAAGACGAAAGCCAAGAGCUGAACACUACUCGUAUUCAGGCACUCAUGAAAUUCAUGAGUGAGGCAUUAGGCUCUAAAUCUCUCAAAUCCAAGUUAGAUUCGGCUCGAUCGACAAAUAAUUCGGAUAGCGAUCAGGUAUUGGCCUUCCUGAUGAUGCAAAUCUUGGAGCUUUGUCAACCUAAACCAGAGCAGACUGAAAGUGACCAACUGCAAGACGCUCGCGACAUUGCGCUGAGAGCUGCCAAGCUGGUGUCUUUGGAGUUCUUCGCCACCGCUAUGCUCCCCAAACUACAGAACCAUGACAGCAAGCUGGUGUUCUGUACUCUAGAUAUCCUACGGGCCCGUUUGUCAUCCGUCAAAGCUUCCCAGCGGCCAGAGAUCGAGAUGUGCGUAAUGGAAGCUAUCAAGAUUUGUACGAACCGUAUUCAAGGCAGUUUUGCUAUUUCCUCUGGAGAUGCAAAAGUACCUCUACUGGAUGCGAUCGAAACUCUGGGGGACAUUGCUGUCGACGCGACAGCCUCCGAGCAGUCCCUGCUCAGUAAGGCGUAUGGCUCCUUGCUGUCAAUACCACCGAGCAGCAAUGACUCAAAAGUCACGUCAGCGGCUCUUUCUGCCCUGGUCAAACUUUGUCGAUUGCUCGGUUCUCGACUGAUACCCAGCAUUGGCAAAACUAUCAGCAUGUGCGUUGAAUUGGUACAGAAACCGCAAGGCUUCGAAAGUGACACAGCGGCUGCGGAACUUCGCGCACUUGCGUUCCGCUUGGUGGAAGCUACUGUCAAGACAUUGCCAGCAUUUUUGACACCCCACAUGCCGAUUAUCCUCCGACUGAUCACGACACCUAUCAUGAGCAAACCUGGUCUACAAGAAACUGUAGAUGUCAACCAAGCUUCACUGAUCCGUUGCUUGACAAAGACAGUUCCUCUCCAUAACUUGGGCUCCGUUGUAAGCGCCUACUGGUCAAAUUUGGAGGGCUCAAGCAAUGUUGCCCUGGCGCUAGUGGAGAUUCUCCUUCGAGCCAUCAAAUACGCCAAAGUGCCGGAAGUUAUUAAGGAAAGCAAGGCAAUAUUCGACUUCUUGUUGCAGAUCUUUGAUCUUCGCCGACAAAAUGGUGGAAACAUUCCGGAAAAUGAUAUGAUGAAGAUUGAAUCAUUGGCUUCUUCGACUUUCCUAUCCUUGGUCCUGAAGAUCAACGACGAGACUCUUAAACCUUUGUUAUUCCGAUUGAUAGAUUGGGCAACCAUCACUCUAACCAAGGAAAAAAAUCAACCUGACGUUGCCAGAAGCAUUGCGCUGUAUAAAGUCUUUGGUGCACUUCUUCGUCACCUGCAGACUUUGGCCGUAUCCUACUUCACUCAUCUCAUCAGUCACACAGUCACAAUAUUGAAUGGAUUUGCCGAAGGUAAACAAUCUGACUUUCAGCUUUGGACGGAGGUCACAUCAACGUUGGAGCAGACACUUAUACAUGACACCGAAGGCUUUUGGAGCGCUACCGCUUUGACCAAGAUCACUAUGCCUGUCAUUAACCAGAUCAAGCUAGGAUCCAAGUUUAUGGUUCAUCAAGAAUACUCCAGCCGAGUGAAAUCACUGAUUGGCAAAUUAGCUCAAAAAGUAUCAAGUCACGAUACGCUAUUGAAGGUUUUGAACUCCGGGAUCUUACAGGAGAUCAAAGCUCGAGACGACGAAGAAGAAGACAACACGAUCAACGUCAAAUUGAUCAGCUUGGGAGUGUUGGAGGAAAUCUGGAAGGAAAUCGGGGCUGCUCUGGUGCCCUUCGUGCCCGAAACUAUCGGCGGUUGCUUGAUCGAAGCCUUGGAAGAAUCUCACGGCGGAAUCGACCAGGCUGCUAAGAAGGUCGUCAAACGGAUAGAACUGGAAAUCGGCGAAAGUAUUGAAGGCUAUCUGGCUUGA